AGAAUAACAAAGUACUGGAGGUUGGGUGUGAGGUUUUUCCUAAACCCAAAGAAUAUAAAGAGACUGCAUCAGUAACUUAGAGUGAAGACCAGCAAGCAGAGUUCAUGGAGCCAAAACUAAUCAAAGAGGGAUACCUGGUAAAAAAGGGCACAGUUUUGAACUCUUGGAAGGCUGUGUGGGUCGUGUUGUCUGAAGAUGGGGUGGAGUUUUUCAAGAAGAAGACAGACAGCACUCCCAAAGGAAUGAUCCCAUUGAAGGGAGCUGUUCUGACCUGUCCCUGUCAGGACUUUAGCAAGAGGACGUUUGUUUUUAAGAUCAACACGGCCAAGAACCAGGAGCAUUUCUUCCAGGCCACCCACCUGGAGGAGAGAGAGUCCUGGGUGAAGGAUAUCAAGAGGGCCAUCAGCUGUCUACAGGGAGGCAAAAGGUUUGCCAGAAAGUCCACACGCAGGUCCAUUCGCCUCCCUGAUACUGUCAACCUCAGUGAGAUUUAUGUUCAAAUGAGAGACCAGGAGGAUGGGAUAAAAGAGUUGAAGCUGGAGAAGGAGAAAAGGGUCUACAAUCACUGUUUCACUGGUGGCUGUGUGGUUGACUGGCUAAUCAAUAAGGACAAGGCCAGAAACCGGCCUGAGGCUCUGAUGUUGGCUACAGGGCUCCUGAAUGAAGGUUUCCUACAGCCUGCAGGGGACUUAUCCAAAGAUGGUGCAGAGGGAGGAGCAGAGUCCGCAGUCCUCGAUGAACCAGAUGCAUUCUACUACUUUGCCGACAGUGGCUUCUUCUGUGAAGGCUACUCCAGUGAUGAAGAUGGGAUUUUAAAGGAGGAGUUCAGGGGUAAUAUCAUAAAACAAGGCUGCUUACUCAAACAGGGUCAUCGGAGGAAAAACUGGAAAGUGCGGAAGUUCAUCCUCCGGGAUGAUCCUGCUUAUAUUCACUAUUAUGAUCCGACCAAGGGGGAUGAGCACCUGCUUGGGUCUAUCCACCUACGAGGGUCUGUCAUCACAGCAGUGGAGUUUGUUCCUGAUGCCAAGAGGUAUGAUGUUGACGGAAAUCUCUUUGAGAUCAUCACUUCAGACGAGAAGCAUUAUUUCCUUCAAGCAGCUACAGUUGAAGAGAGAAAAGAGUGGAUCAAAGCCAUCCAGAUGGUGUCAAAAACUGGAAAAUAAUCCCAACUGGAGGCACACUUCUCAUGGAGGGAUACAGAUUAUGGAUGGACACAUACAAACCUUUGUGGCAGAGCUGGAAGUAUUCAAAUAUUAAAUACAGCCAAACAUAAAUUAAUGAUCCAAACUAUGGUUGUAUUCAAUUUUAAUUGUAGCUUUCUUAAAUUAUUUUUGUAGAAUGAUGAUUUUCUGUACCAAUCCAAUACUCCCUCAGUUGACUUUCAACUUUUACUAUGAUGUGGUUAAACUCUAACCUUUAAGAUUAAUUUAUGAGAGACAGACAGGCUAUAAAAAACUUUGCAAUGUUCUUUGUGUAGAAGGCUGUGAAGUUGUAAUGAUGUCUGGUGUGGCCUUCUGCUUUCUCAUCCAGCUGCCUGUCAAAGAUAGGACAGUUGUAAGAAACCAAUCAUUCCAGCCAGUUCCUAUGACUGAACAACCACUCUGCCUCUAAGGACCCCUGUCACUCUGUGGUUUUCAUGGAUGUUCAUAUCCCAUAUCAUUUGACAUACACAUGGUUGGUAAUGAACACCAGUGUCUGUCAAAAACUCAUGAGGUUUUCUAUUAACUCUGUUCUACAGCAGAAGUAUUCAACUGUUCCUUACAAGGUCUGGACUACUGAGAGUUCUGUUUUACCUGCAAAUUAAUUGCACCUAUCUUGUUGUAUAACUGGUUUUGGAGGCCAGAGUUGGAUUGAACUGUCUCCACUCCUCAGCUAUUGACACAGUUUUCAGUAUAUCAGGAAUUCUUUAAUAUCAGUGCUGUUGUAGUCUGGCAAGGGACCGUUAAAACAUUUUAAUGGAUUUGGUUGGAUUAAUUGGAAUUGAAAUGACAUUUAGGGUAAUUUUAUAUAUUAUCUUACAUAUUAAGAUAGGUCUAUCUAGGCCUGAAAAUGUGCUUCUACCAAGCAAAGCUAUUUAAAACCCAACAGUAUUUCAUAACAGGAAUAAGGUAUAUUAAUGGUAAACAUUAUUUGUUGCACACACAUACAAAACAAAAAUCUCCAGAAAUGUUGUCAACUCUGUCUACUCCCAUUAGAAUUUUUGAUCAGAAAAGAGCUGUCUGUAUCUUAGGAAGAGAUUUUGCAAGAGAGUACUAACAUUAGUAAGACAUAAAGAUUGGUACAAGACAUGAACAAAUGGAUGCCUCUCCAGGCCAUAUGGACAGUGGUAGAAUACAUACCAGUCCACAGGGAGAAUGGCAAGGCAGAGCAAACCAACAGAAGCCCAGGAAAAAGGCACAAUGAAAUUGAGCCCUUUUAAAACCGUCUGGGAGAUGUUUGAAUUGAAUCCCGUGUGGUCCAGUCAAGUUACCUUCCAACUAGAUAUCCAACCUGAUGGAUGUGACCUCCUCUGCAUUACGUAUUACAAAUACAAACUGCCCAAGCAAUUAUGGCAGUGAUAAGUGAUGCGAUGUUAUACCUCAUGGUAUAUGGUCACAUUGCUGCAAAAGUGGGAGACAACGCAGACUGUUGAGUGAGAUAUCCUGCCAUAACUGUGAGGAAAAAAAACAGGGAGACAAAUCCAUUCUAAGCCAUUUAGUUUUUCAAUAUGUCAGGUAACUUUCAGAAAUGCUCUCCAUUAUGAUUAAAUAAGUGCUGUGUCUACAAUUAGUAUUAUUGUGAAAUCAUCAAUGAAUAUAGUCAAAUCAUUUUCAAAAGUUGAAUUAUGGAAAAUAUUUUCUCAAUGAAUUUGCCAACAUUAUUUUACAGGCACAUGUAGGAUUUGCCUGUCAUAUGUACUACAUGGAAGAUGCAUUGCCUGAUUUCAAUAAAAAUGCAACAUUCAGGACCUCCAUUAAACCAACAUGUCAAACCUGUCUCCUAAAUACCAUUGCUUUCCUCUCUACCUACUCUCCCACUCAAACUUAAUCAGUCUUGCCUUGCAAUGCCUGCUUGGCUGCGCCUUUUAUGAUUCAACACAAGAGGGCACUACAUCUCAAAACAAGUUUUCACCAGUUAAUCAUCUCACAUCACACAUUGAUAAACAAGAUUACAUCCAACAAUUUCACACAGAUUAAUUACAUGAUACAUAAAAAUGUAUGACCAGAAAGAAGGAAACAGGAUGUGUUGGGACAAACUGUUCCAAAUAUAGCAUGCACCUGACAAAUAGCAGAACUGAAAUGUUACAAAUUGCUAGUACACUAAGCUUUCUUGCUCAAUCUUCUUUGUACCAUUUCUUUUCAAUGUUUCUACCUUUGAAUCAUCAAAUUACAAGUUGUCUAGAUCAGAGUAAAACUAACAAUUAUUGACCUACAAGUAAUUGGAGUUGCCAAACAACCCCAGGCAAUACCUGUGAGACGGUGAACAAUGCACAGCACUUGGCAUUGACCAACAGCUUGGGUUAACUUCUCAUCAAGGCUUAAAUUCAUUAUCAUUUUGAUUGUCCAGGUUGCUUAGGCAAUAGGUUUUGGAGUGUUGCUUAUUAACUAAAUGGGGUAAGUGUGGUCAUGUUCGGAUGGAUGAAUGUGAUUAUUUCAUAACACAUGCUUUCUUAAUGCACUGCAAGAACAUUUUGUAGAAAUCUUGAAUAACUUCAAAUGUUUUGUACAGCUGUUUGAAGCUAGUUGUCCGGAACUGAAAUGUGAAUAUGCGCCAAAUGUAAUAAAAUGUACUGUAGUUCACUGGA